AUGUCCGGCCGCAAGCUGGGAGGCGGCCGCAUCUUGGGCAGCGGCAAGGGCCUCGCCCCUCCAACGCCUCCCGCAGUCCAGGGCCAUCGACGCACCCCGAGCCCCUUUGCUCCCUCCGAAAGCACCCUGUCUCUCAACUCGUCCUCGGCUUCUCCCCCAGUCUCGAGCCCCCUGCCCGACUUUGCCCAGGAUCUUACGUCAAACAUCAGCGUCGGCGGGCCCUCGAGGACGGCCACCGCGAGCUCGAAGCUGGUCUGCCCAAUAUGCGAAGAGGAGAUGUCUCUGACCCCUCUCAGACACAUCGAUGACAACCACCAAGAAUUGCCCGAGGUCGAACAGGAUGAGGUCCGCACGUGGUUCGACAAGCAGGUCCUCAAGGCCAAACGAUUCCAACCACUAUCCAUCAUCAACCAGAAACUCCGAGGCCUCGAUGUCUUCGAAUCGAACGAGUCGAUGCCGGUUGCCGCGCCCGUAGCAGCGAAGCUCGUCGAAGGCCCGAUAGAUCCGGAUGAGCUCAUCACCAGGGCGCAUUGGCAGCGCCAAACGAGCAACGACCGAUGCACCGAUCCGACAUGCGCCAAAGGACUCGGGGCCGUCAACGGAAGUAUAAACUGCCGGAACUGCGGGAGGCUGUUCUGCGAGGAGCACACCAUGUAUCAGAUGAGGCUGUCGAGGGCCGCACAGCAUGAUCCUGUGCGGGGAUAUUGGGUCAGGGUGUGCGAGACGUGCUACAAGUCGAGAGAUGGCUACAACGACCACAACGGCGUCCUGAUUGACCACACGUCGGCCUUUGCGGAAAUGCGACGGAAGAGGGUGGAGAGGCAGAACCUCGAAGUGGCUAGGCUGGAAAAGCGUUUGACCAAGCUGACGCAGCUGCUUGCGAAUGCGCCCGAGGAGGUCACAACCAACGGCGGAAAUCUGCUCUCGCCCGUCGCGACCCUAACAGGCCAAAAGAACCAGCGGAAGCUAUUGGAGCAAUCGGUGGUGACGUGGGAAGACGACGCUUCCGUCACGCAAUGCCCCUUCUGCCAGCAAGAGUUCGGGUCUUGGACGUUUAGAAGACACCACUGCCGGAUAUGCGGCCGCGUGGUUUGCGCCGAUCCACUUACAGGCUGCUCGAGUGAAGUGGGCUUGAGCAUAGCCAGUCCUACGAGCCUGGCAACGGAGAAGCCCCCGACGACAGCGCAGCCUGGCCAGCUAAGCGUCGAUGUGCGCAUGUGCCGGGAUUGCAACCACACGAUAUUCUCGAAACGCGACUUUGCAGCGACCCUGGUCCACAAACCGCCAGACCAGCGCGCAUACGAGACGUUGCGUCAGUUUGAACGCGGUAUUCGCCAGCUUAUGCCCAUUUUCCAGCGGACCUUGCUUGCGCUGCAGCCAGAGGGAGAGGACGGGUCGGAUGUUUCGAGGCCGCCACCGACCCACGCCCAGAUCCAAGAGGCGUCCAAGAUUCGCAAACGUCUCACCGAUGCAUUCACAAAGUACGACACGGCCGCGCGCCGCCUCCGCGAUAUGAAGACAACGUCGAAAACCCAGCUGCGUCUACAACAGGCCGUCUACGCCGCCGCCUCCUCGUUCCUACACACUCACAUGUUGACGCUCAAAUCGGUCCCGCAAAUCCUUCGAUCUCGGUCGUCACAAACAUCGCGUCUCCGCGCUCUCCAGUCGGGUAGCGUCAACGGGUCGUCGUCGUCACUGCACCUGUCGCCCCUUCGCAACCAGGAACUCGCCGAGUCGGAAACGGCCAGCCAGGCCAGCGAGACCAGCACCGCCGUGUCGGCGCUCGAGACGGAGGAGAAGGAGGCCCGCGAGCGCCUGGUGGUCCUCGAGGAGCAGCGCUUCAUGGUGCAGCAGAUGGUGGACAACGCGCGGGAUGCCCGGCGGUUCGAGGAGGUCAGCGCGCUGACCCGCAACGUCGAGGAGCUCGACCGAGAGAUCGAGAAGGCCAAGAAGAUGGUUGGCGGCGUCGAGGAACGGUGGGAGGGUCUGUACGCGUCCGGCCUGGCGCGGUGA